AGGCACCACAAUCCGCUCUUGGCCAGCGCCGCCGGGAUUAAGUCCCAUCCAGUAUCUCUCACCUCUCGGCCUCGACAUCGUGUACUCUGGUCGGCAUUAAUGUUUCUUCGCGACCAUGGCUGCUGGAUUGAUCGCAUCGGGAUUGAAGCCUUCGAGCAACCAAGUUGCUGGCCAUUCUUUUGAAGAGGGGCAUGUCGGCUCGCUCGUCGAUGAUUCGGGCUGGUUCUACAAGCCGCUGCAAGACGGUGCCAGAGGGGAGCGCGAGAUUGAGUUCUACCAACAGUUUUGGUCGGACGAGCGAGUUCCAGACGAGAUCAAGGAGUUCUUCCCAAAGUUCCGGGGCUCCGUCCUCGUUGACACUGCAAACUCGCCCACGCCAACAAGGUAUGCCGUGUUAGAGGACGUGACCAAGAGCUUCGACCAGCCUUGCAUUAUCGAUAUCAAGAUGGGAUUCCAGACGUGGUACCCGGAGGCUGGUGAAGCCUAUAGAAAGAAAUGCGAGAUAAAAGACCGCGAGUCCACAACAGGAACUUUGGGAAUUCGCGUCAGUGGGAUGCAGGUCUAUGAUCCAUCAACUCGCUUUAAAUGGAAGGCCGAUCGUAACUGGUGCCGGAAGCUCGACAACCACGGCGUAGAGUACGCCAUCCGUCGCUUUGUUUCGACAAAUCCAUUCGAUGACGAGAAUCCAAACGCACUCUUGGCUUCCAAAGUUUAUGAAGCCGCCAAGAUGGAGCUCGAGAAGCUCACAAGCUGGUUUGAGAAGCAGACGUUCUAUCACUUCUUUUCGAGCUCCGUGCUGAUAAUCUACGAGGACCAUGGAGCAGCAUCGAAAGUCAGUGUCAAGCUUGUAGACUUCGCCCACGUUACAUACGAUCACGAUACUAUCGACGAGAACUACCUCGCAGCCUUGAAGUCCCUGACGAGCGUUUUAUCCAUGUCACCGUGACGAUGACUCCAUACUUUUCAGUCGAAUCGUUCGCUCAAACUUGGCAGCAUAGAGCGCUGGAGAGAAGAACAUAAGUCGGGCUACUCCGCGGAUCCAGCUCGAGAGUUUUGUGUGCUGCCAGCUCCUCCACGCUCGAUCCAUGGCCUCUAGAGCAAGCGGCAAGCAAUGUGCUCCACGCACCUUCGUCCGGCACAAACGGCAUGCUUUCAAUCAGCUCUCGGCUUCUUCCCAGCUCGCCAGACCGUCCCAAGGCGUCGAUCACGCACAGAAAAUGCUCCGGGCUUGGAUCCACGCCAAAGUCCGAGACCAUCGACGCGAAGCUCUCUCGCGUCUCGUGUUUGAGCCCGAGGUGGCUGGACGCUGCGAGCAAGCUCACGAAACACAGCCCGUGAGGGGAGAAGCCAUCCAAAACCAUGAGACGAAAGAGCUCCAUCGCUAAGUUGGUGUGUGA